AUGUCCCUCACCCCUUCCCAAGCCGCUACCAUCAAGGCCACCGUGCCCGUCCUGUCCGAACACGGCAACACCAUAACCAAGGUCUUCUACAAGAACAUGCUCACCGCCCACCCCGAACUGAACGACAUCUUCAACACCGCGAACCAAAUCAAUGGCCACCAACCACGCGCCCUGGCCGGCUCCCUCUUCGCCUACGCCGACAACAUCGACGACCUCGGGAAGCUAUCCCCAGCCGUCGAACUCAUCUGCAACAAGCACGCCUCACAGUACGUCCGGCCCGAGCACUACAAAAUCGUGGGGACGUACCUCCUGGCCGCGAUGCACGAAGUCCUUGGCUCAGCGCACACGUCCGAAAUCCACGACGCCUGGGCCGCCGCGUACUGGCAGCUCGCCAACCUAAUGACGCAGCGCGAAGAGCAGCUGUACAAGGCCGCGGACGGCUGGACCAACUGGCGAGACCUCCGCAUUGCGCGCAUAAUCCCCGAGAGCGCCGAGAUUACUUCUUUCUACUUCGAACCCGUUGAUGGGAAACCCCUUCCCGGGUUCCUGCCGGGCCAGUACAUCUCGGUUCAGAUGGACGUUCCGGCUCUUCGCCACAGGCAGGUGCGACAGUACAGCCUCAGCGACGCGCCAUGGCCGGACUACUACCGCAUCAGCGUGAAGCGGGAGAAGGGGCUGGACAUCCAUGAUCCGGAGGCGACAGGCCAUCCAGGAUAUGUCUCCAAUGUGCUGCACGAUGCCAAGAAGGUCGGAGAUGUGAUUGAGGUCUCGCACGCAUUUGGAGAUUUCUUUCUUGACCCGGAGGAGAAGACAGAUGCGCCUGUGGUGCUGCUCUCGGCUGGGGUGGGCUUGACGUGCUUGCUGAGCAUCCUCAACACGCUUGUGGCGAGGAAGUCGGAGAGGCCGAUCGUCUGGAUCCAUGCAGCAAAAGACACGAAGUCGAGGGCGUUCGAAAAGCAUGUCACGAAUGUGGUGCGGGCACGAGACAACGUUCGCGCGGUGUUCUUCACGAAGAACGUCGGAGAAGAGGAGGUCCAGGGCAAGCAUUACGACUUCCAAGGACGCAUGGAUCUUGACAAGCUGGAUAAGGAACGGGAUUUGUUCGUCGCCAACAGGGAGACGCGGUACUUCCUCUGCGGGCCGACGAGCUUCAUGCUAGACAUACAGGCCAAGCUGGAAUCCUUCGGCGUCGAUGAAAGCAGGCUGAAGCUGGAGCUUUACGGAACAGGAGACGUGCCUAAAUGCUGA